UGAGCUUUCAGGGUCGUUGAGCGCACUAACGUUGAAGUUGUUGUGUCCCAGGGACUUUUACAACUUAUGUUUUAGCUAUGUAGCAUCUCUUUAUUCUGAGUGUUUAUUUUCCCCAAUAAUCAACAGUGUGGUACCGAAAAUGUCUAAAAGUUAGGGAGAGAGGAAAAAAGCAAAUUUAUUUAGCUGUACAUGACCGCUUCUGGCUCGGCGUAUUUCCCAAUUAAACAAGGACGGGGAAAUAAAGCGGACAUUGCCUAACGAAAUUUGGUGUUGAUUCAGGCGGCGCUGCAACUGAGACUCUCCUUUUUCUCUCACUCUUGAAAAAUUAUUAGACAUUUUUCCUAAAAGUUACCCAUGUUGCGAAAGUAUAUAAAUUCAUACCUUAGUAAUCACCAAAUUGUAUACUUCUCGCCUAGAUCUACAUCAAAUUACUUCACAUUUGUUCGAUAAGCUGACUAUGAAUUCCUGGACUUGCACUACAGUGCUGCUGAAAUAUAAUAAGGUCUAAUAUGUGCAGCGCUUUCCCCCAGUUUAAGAAUAUAUUGAUAUUUAUUAGUGAUUUCUUAGUCCUAUUGAACUAGUUUUUGUCGACGUAGGUGUCGUGAGAAGUUCCAUCUAUAUAAGUACAGAUUAAUUUUUUUGAUUCUUUACCAGGGCUAAGUGGUUAUAGAAGGGAUCUCAAAACACGUCUAAGUGUGUUCACCUCAGAAUAAAAUAGCGUUGGAAACCAAUCGUUUAUUCAUCAUGAUUUGUUAUGUUCGAGUACACUACAUCAGUGUGUUGUCGAGUGAGUCAUGUUCCUCUGAACUUGUUCAAUCUCUCGUGUGAAGAUAACAUACAAAACUUAUGGAUUUAAAUCUUCCUAAAUUUUCUGUAAAUGAAGUUGCUUCGAAGUUUUUCUUUAGAAAGUUGUUAAUUGGUAUCUUUCUCAAGUUGUGCACGAAAUUUCAUGAACCUGAUUGUUUCAGGUGUAUCGUUUUUGUAUUAGUAUUAUUACCCCCUAUGGACUAUACCAAGAAGAUUAGGAAUUUGGAUCGCAAUAUCACAGAGAGUAUAUUUAAGUUUCUUAGGGCAGUUAGCGUGUGCAUGAAAAUGAGAUUGAAUUGAAAUAAGAGUGGAUGGAGGACACACUAGGCUGAACUAGUAAUAGUACUUGAUUAAUACAAUAAUUAGACCUUAUGGUAAUAGUGUCAGGAUUAGAAUUUCACUAGCAUAAGAUUUCUUGCAAUUGUAGAAGAAUUAUCAAUAAUUGCAUUGUACAUGUCCAGCCUGGAUUGAAUCGGAAUGUAUCCAAAGUCUUCAGAUAUUUAUCUUAAAUUUUAUCAAGUUAGUGAAACGAUAGAAUAGGACUAACAUACAGAUCAAUAGACUAAAAAAUAAAGGCAUUAUUAAAUACAUACAUACAAGGGAUUAUAGUUAAUCACAUAUCUAAGCAUAAGUUAGGAAAUAGAAUUUGAUCGGUGAAUCCGAUGGUUCAAUGCUCGGUUACAGUAUACGUUUAUGUAAAUCAACAUUUCCAGACUAGUCAUCUCAUUCGUGUAAUUACAUUAAUUCCAAGUAGCCAACAGUUAGUACCGUUCAGCUCCACAGAGUAAAUGGCCUUGUUUUCUUUGCUCAUUCGUUGAUUUCAUUCCUAAAGUUUUAGUUAAGCAUCAUUCCACAUUCAACACUAAACUUACCUGACCAUUCAUAUAAGCGUGCUUUUAUCUUGAUGUUUUCAAAGUGAUAUUUAAUUUAUUACAAAUCGGUUUCUUUUUUAUUCGAUUUAAGAUGGUCAACCCCAUAAGAAUGGAGAUCGAUUUAACUACCCAAGUGGCUGAAGCUGCAAAUAUCGAUCGGAAUCUAGUCAGCCGUGUGAUUCCAAUGUUUGAAAAUGGAUAUACUGUACCAUUUAUUGCACGCUAUCGGAAAGAAAUAACUGGAGGCGCAGAACCAACAGUGUUACAUAGGCUGAAGGAAAAGAUGAAUGACUGCAAAAUGCUUGUUGAUAAAAUCGAGAAGUCACUUCAGUUUUUUGAUAAGAGUGGAUUACUAACCAAUGAAUUAUCGCAACAGCUAAUGAAAUGCAAAACAACUGAAGAUAUUAAGCUUCUGGGAAGUUCAUGA